UAGCAAAACAAUCUUUUAGGAUUCUCAUACGUGUCCUCGACUUCCCCAAUGCAUGGUCUUGGCCUUUCUCCCAACUCUAUUUCACCACCUUUUAUUUAUCUGAUCCUUUGUCUUUGCCAUUCAUUGACACCUCUUCACUCCAUAACUCUUCUACUGACAAAUCACUCUUGCAACUCUUGCAUAAAUAGCCCAAAUAGUGUACCUGUUUUGUGCACACUUCAAACAUGGCAAUGCUUCUUGCACCUCGAAAUACCAUAGAAAAUAUUGACAUGGAUGUUCAGAAACUGAGUUCUGAUACAUCUUUUCAGUCAUACCAAUCUAAAAUACCCUCCCAAUUCAUAUGGCCUGACCAUGAAAAGCCAUGCCUAAAACCACCAGAGCUCGAAGUUCCAACUAUUGAUUUGCGGGCCUUUCUCUCUGGAAACCCACAAGCCUUGUCAACUGUUUGUUCAAAAGUGAAUGAGGCAUGCAAGAAGCAUGGUUUCUUUCAGGUUGUUAACCAUGGAGUUGAUGCAAAGCUCAUAGCUCAAGCUCAUAAGCUCAUAGAUGAUUUCUUCGGCAUGCAACUCUCACAGAAGCAGAGGGCUCAGAGAAAGAUUGGAGAACAUUGUGGGUAUGCUAAUAGCUUCAUUGGAAGAUUCUCCUCCAAACUUCCUUGGAAGGAAACACUUUCUUUCCGUUACUCUGCUGAUAAGUCCAGAAAAACAGUGGAGGAGUAUUUUGUCAAUGUCAUGGGGGAUGAUUUCAGGCAAUUUGGGAGUGUGUACCAAGACUACUGUGAAGCAAUGAGCAAUCUCUCCCUUGAGAUCAUGGAGCUUCUUGGGACGAGCCUAGGAGUUGGCAGGGAACAUUUCAGAGAUCUCUUUGAAGGACAUGACUCCGUAAUGAGACUGAACUACUACCCACCAUGUCAAAACCCUGAGUUAGCUUUAGGGACUGGGCCUCAUUGUGACCCUACCUCCCUAACCAUUCUCCACCAAGAUCAAGUUAAGGGUCUCCAAGUUUUUGUGGAUGGAAGUUGGCACUCCGUUACUCCCAAAGAAGAUGCGUUCGUUGUCAACAUUGGUGACACAUUUAUGGCUCUAUCAAAUGGGAUUUUCAAGAGUUGCUUGCAUAGAGCAGUUGUGAAUAGCAAAGUUGUGAGAAAAUCACUUGCUUUCUUUCUAUGUCCAAGUGCAGACAAAGUGAUCACACCUCCAAAAGAACUGGUUAACAGGGAGAAUCAGAGAAUAUAUCCUGAGUUCACAUGGCCAAGUCUCCUUGAAUUUACACAGAAGCAUUACAGGGCUGACACAAGAACCCUUGAUGCUUUCUCAAGGUGGCUACAAGAGAAAAAACAACUAACAAGCAUUACUAUGUCUUAACUUCUAUCUGUUAGGGUGAGGUAGAUGACAUCGUAUAAAAUGAAAGAGGGUGCUUUUGAUGGAACUAUGAAGAAAAUGAUAACAGAAACUCCAAAAAAAAAUGGCCAAUUCUGUAAUUACUAAUUAGCUGUUCGAGAGUUAGUGUUGUUGGAAUCCUAUAUAUGCAAAUGGAGGAAAUGGACCAAUACUCGGGGAAUAAAGAGUUAUGUGCUAGUGCAAUGAAGUUAUUCCUGUCACUAGCUACUACAGAGUUAUUAGUUGUCCUGAUCUUUCUUGUAAUUAUGCAUGUAUGUAUUAUGUACAACUUU